AUGGAAGUCUGGACCGAGCACAAGGAGCACUCCGUGGAAGGCCACACCCUCACGGGCACACUCAAUUUCAGAGGCGAAAGAAUCUGGGGCCCCAGGGGCUGCCACGACAACACGGUCAGACUGGGAUCGGCCCUCCAACAGGCCGACUGGCGCUUUGCCAUGACAUUCGAGUCCAAGCCGCAUUCAGUCGAAGGACACGUCCGCUACAUCAGCGUCAAGGACUGGAGCGGGAGAGUCAUCCUGGACAAACUCAGUACCCACGACAGCAUGGAUUCCCUGGCCAGGGUGGUCAUGGAGAAAGGCAACACCGGCCGCAUGUACGGCAUUGUGUCAACCUCUGGUUGGAUCGCCACUGUGGACUUGUAUGUAGGCGUAUGCGUAGACAGACAGCAUCUUGAGGCCAGUUUUGAAGAGUGUGGUCACCCUGGUCAAGGUCGAAUCCUGCAAGGUUAA